AUGGAGCAAACACGCGCCCUCAACGCCCUCGAGCCCUUCCUCGCCCUCUCCAAAUCCGCCAACUCCCCCCGCGCAGCCGCCGAUCUGGUCACGCAAGCAACAUCCGCACCAAACACCUACGUCUUCGCCGAGCUGCUCCAAACGGCAAACAUCCAAGCAUUGCGCCAGUCACCUGACCACUGCUCCUACCUGACCCUCCUCGAGAUCUUCGCCUGGGGCACCUGGGAAGAUUAUCAAUCGAAUCCCACCCUCCCCCAGCUAUCCGAAGCCCAGCAAACCAAACUCCGCCUGCUCUCCCUCCUCCCCCUCGCCUCAACCCCGUCCCGCCUGACCUACACCGCCCUGCAAACCGCGCUCUCCCUGCCCUCCGCCCGCUCCCUCGAAGCCCUCAUCACAGCCGCCAUCUACGCCGGCCUGGUGACCUGCACCCUCGACCCGGCCCACAACAGCAUCGCCAUCACCUCCGUCGCGCCGCUGCGGGAUCUCGCGCCCGGUUCGGUCCCCGCCCUGUCAGCGACGCUCGACGCCUGGGCCGCCAGGUGCGAGGACGCGCUCACGGCGCUCGAGGCGGAGAAUGAGGGCGCGAGGAGGGGCGCGAGGGAGAGGGCGAGGCGGACGAGACGGGAGGAGGAGGCGGUUGAGGCGGCGGAGAGGGAAGUUGAGAGGGGUGGGGGUGGGGGUGGGGAGAAACGAGCGGCUGGGCCGGGGGAGGAGGGGGAGGGGGAGGAGAUGGAUGUUGAUGAGGUGGGAGGGUUUGGUGGUGGGCAGGGGGCGAAUCAGGCGAGGAGGACCACCAAGAGGGGCCCGGGUGUGGGGUAUGGGCGGAGGUUGGGCGGUUGA